AUUGAUUCAAUACAGACGCGUUUAAGAAGAGCGGUUUAGUGAACAUCGAGCAAUGAAUUAAAGUUUAAUUUAUUUGAGUAGAAAUCAUAUUUAGUUUUUUAUUUCAAAAGUUAAAAAGUUUGCCGACACCAUGAAUAACGCGUUAAUUGAAAUCGGAGACCCUGACAUAAANGAAGAAAGAGUGAUUCAACCAAUGCAGUUUAACUUUUCUAAACAAACGAUUACAAUAUGUAUCUGAAAAAUNUAAUAAAAUAUUGGACAAGGNAUUACAAUUUUCGUGAACAAGAAAAAGUUUUCAAUCAAUAUCCACAUUUUUAUAUUACUAUUGACGACUUAAAGAUUCACUAUAUUCAUGUAAAANCAAANAAUCCNGNUGAAAAACCAGUUUAUCCAUUAUUAAUGUUACACGGAUGGCCAAGCAGUAUACUGGAAUUUUACAAUGUCAUACCCCUCUUANUUGACACAUCGNACGAUUUUACGUUCGAANUGAUAAUACCUUCUUUGCCUGGAUUUGGUGNCUCAGAGUGUCCCNCACAUUUUAANUGUGACUUUAUAGCCAAACUUCUAGUAAAAUUGAUGACANUACUUGGGCACGAACAAUUUUUUGUUCACUGUGACGACUGGUGUGUUUUUCUUGUCCACGNAAUGUCAGCAAAGUACUCUGCCAAUUUACUGGCUAUACAUUAUGCUCUAUGUCAGUUAGACGAGUUUACGAAUCUAUCGCGCUAUACAACAAAGAGAAUCGCAAACAUUAAUAAUGCGCGCGCGCAAGAACUAAUAUUAAAAAACGAAUAUUAUAAUUCUCCAACUUCAUUAUGUGCUCAAACACUUGGAAUAAGCGCACUGCAUUCACCUGUUACCUUACUAGCGUAUAUUUNCGAGAAAUUUGUAAAAGACUCAAUUCAUUCUAAUACUAUUGAUAUCCUAAAGAAGUAUAAAUAUUCUCAUUUCAUUAAUAACGUAAUGAUGUACUGGACGACGAACAGCAUACUUAAGACUUUGAAUGCAUAUUCAGGAUAUUUAUCAUUUGACGAAUCAGAAGAAUUUGAAUCUCAAUAUAACAACUUCGUAGGAAUUACGUUGUUUGUUCCUNACAGUGUGCGCCCUAACAUUGCCAUUGAAAAUGAAGAAAAUGUUUCUGUCUUCUGUGUUUUUAAGAAUUCUCGAUUUCCGGCGUGUGAAAUACCUAAUUUUUUAUCCCGCGCUAUUUUUUGCCGUUUCAAGGAAUUUCUUGAGCAAAACUUAGCUGACUAAGACUUGAUUUAGAGACUGACGCAACGUUAAAUAGUAACAUAAGUUUGAGAAAAUUCGUAUUAUUGUUAUCCAAAUAAGAAAGCAGACAGUAUGUAAUGUCUAUUCACAUUAAGUAACAAUCACAUUCGGCGAUAAACUCAAGAUAAUACUAUUUCUAAAAAUCUCCAUNUAACAUCUAAGAAAACGCAAAUUAAGUAAUAGUGCAAAAGAAUAACUAUUAUUUUUUAAUAACAUUUAUAUAAAUUAACAUUUAUAUAAAUUGCACAGAUCAGAUGUACAUAACUCUGUAGCAUUCNACAGUUAAAAAAAUAAUAAAGCCAAUAAAGACCAAUAGUAAAUUUAAUUUGAAUAUUAUAAUGUGUAUAUAAUGUAAAAUUUCAAUGAAAAAAAUAUUUUGCACGUAUAUUUAGCACUCUCUUAUUCUGCCAUUAUUAUUUUUUAAUAUUUUGUUUUAAAUAUAGACUCGUCAUUUUUAUUAAAAUAAGCGUGAAAGAUAAAAUCACAUCAAGAUCUAGGUAGCUUUUACAUUUUUUUGGAAUAGAGUUUAUUCGGAAUGGUUUUAUAGCGUCGUGAUUUGCAAAUCGCGAAAUAUUCAAUUACGUAGAUUUUAUAUUUUAUUAAAACGUUAACUAUGACCAAGAAGUAAUUUAAAUUAAAACAAAGACGUUACUAAAGUAAAACAUUUUGUGUAAUUGCAAAUAUACUUUGCGUAUACAUUCAGCGCGUAUGGCUCUUAUUUGCCGUAUAUUAUUAUAUUUUGGUAACAAUUUAAUUUUUUUCCGAUUAGAAGAGCUUGUACAGAAGUUUAUACANUAUCAUAAAUGUAAAGUCGUAAAUGUUUAAUAGCGUGCGCAUUAUAAAAUUGUAAUAUAAAUGUAUAUUCUAUGUAU